CGCUCAGGAACCGAGAUGUUGACAACGACGUCAAUAACACAGGACGAAGUCCCGACGAUAAGCUAAUUAAGGUACUGUUGAUAAGAGAAGAUUAAUUCCAGUUUUCCAUUACCAGUUGUCGCGAAGAAGGGACCGGGAAACCCUAAGGCAAAAAACAAGAAUAAUAAAACGAACGCAACUCUUCAACCACCAUGGCUGACAGGAUUCAUCGCGUUACCCUGUUCAAGCUUCCCAAUAAGGAGCACCAAGAACAGCUCAUAGCCUCGUACAGAGUCUUGUCUUCUCAGCAGCAGAGGGACGGAAAGCCUUACAUUCUCUCCCUCGUCGUCGGCCCUGCCGUCGAAGACGCCCGGUCCAAGGGCUACACGGUGGUCGCCAAGACCGAGUUUGCCUCCCUCGACGACAUGCGCUGGUAUGACAACGAGUGUCCUGCCCACGCGGCGCUGAAGAAGACGGCCGGGUCGUUUGGCAUUGGCCCGGACGACAUACUGUCUGUUUACUUUGAACCGGCCCACCUUGCCGUGCUGUGAUGUUGCGCGUUCUUUGUGGUCCGGGCUGACAUCGGGCGGGAAGAUUCAGUGGCGGGAAUUCCAUGGGAUGUUAUCUUGUUACUUGUACAUUGCAAUUGUUAGAUUAGACGGCUGGCGAAUUGAUUAAAUCAAUUUGAGGUCUGACGAUGGACGAAAGAGUGUGAUGUGCCAGCCUGACUGGGUUCAGACUUAACGAGGC